GUUAUUUUAAAGCACGAGCGAAACUGAAUAUCAAGAAACAUGGCAGUGUUUCGCGCCAAGUACUCGCGAAGAUGUUCCAAUGACCGUAGAUAUUGGUAGCAAAUUUCGUGUCGGUGCUCGUUUAUUCAUCGCCGGAAGAUUGAAGCUACUGCCACACUCGUUUUAUGUGAAUCUGCAGAAGGGUAAAGCCAUUUAUCCUCAUCCCGUUAUACCGCUGCAUUUAAACCCGCGUUUUUUAUAUGGCACUAGUGCCCCAUAUGUUGUCAUGAAUUGCUGGAACAACGGCGUGUGGAGUCAUGAGGAGCGACAUCAAGGCCAUUUAUCCUGGAUGCCCGGUCGAGACUUCUUGCUUACCAUUCGCUGCGAAUACGAAGGAUACACGAUAUGGCUGGGUAACAAGAUGAUCGGCGAAUUUAAACAUAGACUCCAAUCAUCGAUCGCGGAUACUCUACGAAUCUCUGGCGACGUUGUGCUAUAUCAACUCAGUAUGAGUUACGCUUAAGGAACUGAUGAAUUACAAAUAAUAUGAUAAUUGAGGAAAACGAAUGUUAGAAUACAGAAGUUGCUAAUAAGAUUUUACGCUGAACUGUUCGGCGAUCACGAAUAUGCAACGUCAAUAUAUACGAUAAUAACCUUGAUCCAAUGUUAAACUAUAAUUCUAGAAGAUUUAAUUCUCGUAAAGUCUAGUAAAAAUGACGCAAGUGUUUCUAAAUGAAUUUUCCUAAAAGAAUUCUUGGCACAAAUAAAAAUUAAUAUUAAUAUAAAACUAUGGCAGUCAUUAUUUGAA